CCAGAAUGCCAGCCCGAGCCCAGCCUCCUGCCUCCAACAGGGGACAGCCGGAGGCUCCCGGGCAGGCAGCCUGCCUCCUGGGACCUGGCCCUCGGGGCUAGGCUGCCCCUGCGCAGGGAGGCUCGGCCAGGGCAGAGCCCGAGCGAGGCGGGGCGUACUCCGGGCGCAGGAGGGGCGGCUCCCGGAGGCUCUGCCGGCCCGGCCCGCCCACCUGAGCAACAGGUGCUGGGCCGCCGCCGCCACCUCUCUGCUCCGCCAUGGCCCAGGGACCCGCCGGGGAUCACCGCCAGCCACCGCAGCCCGGGCCGGCCCGAGGCGCCGGUGAGGGGCGCCCCUGCCUGGACCUGGCCGCCGCCACCCGCUGCCCGGAGCACGAGCUGGAGCGAGGCUGGUUCUGCUGCACCGAGAGGCGGCUCGUCUGCGCCCAGUGUCCGCUCCAGGGAGGCUGCCGGGGCCAUCGUGUGCGCCCCUUGGCCGAGGAGGCGGCCGAGCGGAGGAACAAAAUUGUGGACCAAUGUGAGAAGCUUCAGCUGCAGAGUACCGCGAUUUCCAAGUUUGUGGCAGACGUGCUGCCGGAGAAGAAACAGCAAGUUGUGAGCGCGGCUAGCCGUGCCCGCGAGCUCCUCAUCCAGCGCCUGAACCGGGUGAGAAAUGUGUGUGAUGGCGAAGAGCAGCGGCUGCUGGAUUCAGUCCAUACCGAGGAGGAGCGGGCCCACCAGGGCAUCCUGACCCAGCAGGUCCACUGGACUGAAUCUCUGCGAAAACUGGAUGCCCUUAGGACCUACAUGGUGGCCACGAUCACCACCAUGGACGACUGCACGCUUGUGCAAGCGGAGGAGGAAAUCUUUGAGAGGACGGAGGAAGCCGAAGGGAUCUUGAAACCUCAGGAAUCGGAGAAGUUAAACUUUAACCCGCGCUGUGCCCAGAGUGCUUUGCUCAGCCGGUUGUGGGCUUUGGCUGUUCUCUGCCGGACCCCAGAUGAAAUCCACGUCGACGAGAAAACCGUCAGCCCUCUCUUGGUGCUCUCGGAGGACAAGAAAACAUUGACCUUCAGCCCAAAGAAGGCCAGGACUGACCUGGACGGCCCGGACCGCUUCGACCACUGGCCCAACGCCUUAGCGGAAGAGUCGUUCCGCACAGGGAUCCACGCGUGGAGAGUCAACGUGGCCAAGAGCGGCGCCUACAAGCUAGGGAUCUCGUACAGCGCACUGCCACGGAAGGGUGCCGGCUCGGAUGCCCGCCUGGGCUACAACCCCUUCUCCUGGGUCUUCUCUCGCUACGAUAAGGAGUUCCGGUUUUCGCACAACGAUCGCCACGAGACGGUGGAGCUCCUGAAGUGCCCGGUGGAAAUCGGGGUCCUGGUGGACUUGGAUGUGGGGGAGCUGCUCUUCUAUGACCCGGAGUCCUGCGCCAUUCUCCACGUGCACCGCGAAGCCUUUACCGCACCCGUCUUCCCCUCCUUGGCUGUGGCUGACCAAAGCAUUUCUCUGACGCGGUGAGAGUGAGGUUUGGUGGAGGGGUUGUAUCUGUCGCCUCUGAAUACCGCAAGGUUAUUUCCUAGAACUGUGUGGGACUGGUGGAUAGAUCAGUCUACGUUUUGAUAGGUGGCAUUACAGUUCCUUACAAUUCAAUGGACUGCACCUGAUGUGUGGGGAAAUCUUACUGUAUUGAUCUGAAUCCAAGACUAAGCCCCCCCACCAAGUUUUUUGAUAUUCGAAAUUGGGAGGUCAUCUUAGAUUCAGAGUCAUGUUCCUUUUGAGUAAAUGGAGGUAUAGCCUGGACUUAACCUCUACUUUUUAAGGGGGUCAUCUUAUGUUCAGAGUCGUCUUUGGUUCAGGUGAAUACAGUGUUCACUCCCUCCUCCUUAGCAGGCAUAAGGGCUAGAACUGGAUUUUUAAAAGCUGAGAUUCUCAGAAAGUUGGAUUUUGCAUCUUGUACAACACUGUGUGCUCCCACGUAUAUUAGUAUAUGCACAGGCCUGCACAAUAGCAUUUCAACCAGGGAAUGUGCAGCCUUUAAAGCAUAAAUGUAUGAGACGACAUGUUCUUGGUGUCACAAGUACUGUCCAGUAGGUUGCCAUGACACCCACACAACCACAUUCAAAUACAUUAGUCUACACUCUCAGUGGUGGCAUUCUUCUAGGGAGUAAUUGCAUUUCUCCAGGAACAAAUGUUAUGGUAUUGAGUAGCGGGCAGUGCAAUAGCCUCACCACAUUACUCAUUAGAAAAGGAUGCACAGACCUCCGCAACAUGCAAUUUACAGCUCUGGGUUUAUUCUACAAGAGUAUGCAUCAUCCAGAAUAGGCCCACAUGUGUGGCUGGGAGCCCUGAGAUCAAUAAAGACGUGCAGUUCCAGCCCAGGUCACUCCUAGCCUCUUCCUGCUCUCUCUGUGUGUGUCUGUGUGCUCGCAUGUACCAUCUGGAGAGUUAAACACUCAUCUAGACUAGAAAUGUCUGGUCCUCUGUUAUUUCCACACCACCUCCCUGUCCUUGUGAAUCAGGACUAUGAUUGUAUGACUCCGUAACCCAGCAGGCUGUUCUUUCGGAUCUCUUGGCCCUAAACAGGUUAUUGCUUCGUUGACUACCUAGCUGACCAGUCUUUUGCCUCUCCUCACCCCUGCAAAUCCCACUGUGUCCCAGUUGACAGAAAACCUGGGUUCUAGUCCUACCACGUUUAAUCUGAAUGACUAGUAGUAGGGGAAUGAAAAAAGGCCGGCCCCAGAAAUACUGAACCUUGUUCUGUUACUGUGCUGCUCCUUCUAAUAACCACUUUGCUGUAUCAUGAAGUGUACAAAUAUACAACUAAAACACCAGACUUAACCAUAGUUAGCCCCUGUGGGAAGCAUGGAUGUUGGGCCCACUUUUCCAGGCAUAAGAUCUCCCCUCCCUUCCAUAGGCCAGUCCAGCAACAGACUUGGAGCUGAUCAAUACCCCCCUGCAAAAUCUUGUGGUAGACUCCUCCCCAGGACUCUUAAAUGCAUUACUUAAAUGGUUACCAUUGUUGUUACAAUUUACUGUUGUGAGCCGCCCCAAGCAGUAUUGUACUGGAGGGACGGGGUGUAAAUGUUAAUAAUAAUAAUAAUGGGGAAGGAGGUUGCAUUUUUUAAUGCCUCCUUUGCCUUAAAUAGCCAAACAGAGAAACUCGGCGUGUAGAAAGGUAGCACAGCAGGGAAAGGGCUAGUUUGGUUUCUGUGAUAUGCUAACUUUUUACAUGCAGGGAGGGUUUUUUUUUUUUUAAACACAGGAAACGGUUCAAAAAUGCAGUCCCACCACCACCUUAAGUAGUCUAGUCCAGGAAGGGCUCCACCACCAGAGCGUUUACAGACACCACCCCCGGCCCUUAGCCUUUUUCGAUCAGAGACGGCAGGCACGAGAGCGAGGGCAGGAUGUGGUCUUUCGGCACCUCCAUCUCCCACUCGGCGGGUUCUGCGGCCGUCCUAAGCAGGAAGCUGUGCAUCCCCACCUCCCUCGCCGCCUUAUAAUCAUUCUCGUAGUGGUCCCCCACGUGGGCGGCCAGUUGCGGGGCCACCCCUGCAAUACGGAGGGCUUCCAGGAAAAUCCUCCUGUCCGGCUUUGCGCAUCCCGCAUCCUCCGAGGACAAGGUAAACUCGAAGUGCUGAUGGAGGCCGUUCCGGACCAGGAUCUCCUGCAGCCGCCGGUCAAAGUUGGAGACCACGGCCAUGCGGAUGCCCUUCCCUUGGCACUGCCCGAGGGUCUCCCUGGCGCCGGGCAGUAAUUCCCAGUUGCGUGUCUGGGUGUAAUCCUGGUACAGUUUCUCCGCCAUGGGCAGGAGGACCCUCUCUUCAUGGACUCCGGAGAGCCGGAAGGUCUCCGUGACAACAUCCAGCCACCACUGCCUGGAGCUGAGGCCCUUGUCUAGGCCGUAGUUGGGGAAGCGCUUGCUGUGGGCCUCGUAGGCCCGGCGGAAGGACUGGCUGAGCGCCCCGGCCUCCACCCGCAGCCCAAAGGCCUGGGCCUCGGCGGAGUAGCUCUCGCCCACCGGGGACCGGAGCCGGAGAAGGGUGUCCUUCACGUCCCACGUCAAAAGCCGAAGCUUCAGCAUUUCGCCGGCAGAUGCUGUAUGCCGAUGUUGGCCUAGGAAGACAAACCGGGAGAAAGUAAGGAAAGGAGGCCUCGAUCCCACCUCAACUUCCCAUGGGCCAAAUAUUGGGCGACGUUGUUGACGUUAUAGCCUGCUCCAAUUCAACGUUUUUAAGACUCUUGCACUAUGUUUCCUAUUUCUAGCCAAUGUGGCACCUUUGCAAACCACUGGGGAGAUACCAGUUGCUCUCCAAGCUCUGGGAACAGCUUCUCUCCAGCCAGGAAUUCACCCUGCCCCACACAGACAAAAGGGUUUAUGUUCUGCAAGAUGGGCACACUCUCAUCUCCAAGCCCAAGAAACACCCUUGAGUUUCUGCAAGCCGCUCCCGAAUGUUAAAAGACUGCGAUCUCCAGAUGAGAAUCUGAGCUCUCUCCCCAAACCCGGCUUCUGCCACACAAACGUUUUGGCAGGCAGAAUUAUUCAUUGUUUAAUGAAUAACCAAGGGCAGUAUCGGACGAGACCUUUGCAUAGCAGCGGAUGCAUCUAAGGAAGAGAGAGCGGGGAGGGACCCACAGCUCGGCGGUAGUGCACGUGCUUUGCACGCAGAAAGACCCACAGAUGAUUGACCUCCAGCUGAAGGCCACUGUGUCACAGAAUCUCUGGGAAGCAACCUGCGGACAAGGCGAUUUGUCUUUUUAUUGACUAUCCAGUGUAUAAAUAUUAGCAGCAGCAGCAGAAAUUCACUGAGUGACCUUGGCGCACCCCCACCCAUCCUAGCCUGACCUACCUUACAGGGUUGUUUUCUGUUAAACAAAGAGCUUUAAAAACAAACAAACAGGGUCGAAGUCGACACAAGUCCACAAGUUUCACAUCCGAAGCAGAAACACCAGUCCAGGGAGAGAGGAGCUCUCCGCAGCAGUGCCAACAGGCUGCACUUGAAGGGAAGCAGAAGUAACGAAGCCAAUGGUGUCCAGACCCCAGGAGAAGGCACCGCCGGAGCGAAGGGAACUGGAGACAGUCAGAGGAAGAUGGCCUCGCUACAGAAGCCUCUCCACAGCAGCCACCUUUUACCAAAAACGAGGCAAACCAUUUGCAGACUGGCUAACCAGAAAUACAGCUGACCCGGGAUGCUGUUACCAAAGCCGGCUUGUGUAACAUGCGUCUGUUUGCCUUGGCAGGGAGAGCAAGACACACCAAGGUAUGUGUUAAAGCCAGGCACACGUCAGUCAGCUGGCAGAGGCAGACUGGAAACUGCGGUCCACAUUACCUUCCAAGGACUCCUUUAAGGGACCCACGAAGCGCUGGAAAUCCAUUUCUUCCAUGGCUGAAAGGACAUCUCCGGCAUUCAGCGUUUUCCUCUUCCCCUUCAUGGCAAAGUUAUUGGCACUAAACAAGGAGGUGGAAGCAAAAGGGAAGUAAAGUAAAAAAUUAUUCUUCAUUA